UCUUGCAGAUACUAAUUAAAAUAUCCUCGACACUCGGGCCGAGGUCGACCGGACUGAUUUCCACACAGUAGCUGCUAUUCUGCCAUGCCGGGUAGCCGUUCCAGUAAUAACGAUACCGAGCACAAUAAGUCCCCUAGAGAGAGCGGCGAGGAUUCAGAGGAUGAAAGUGAAAUUCUAGAGGAAAGCCCGUGCGGAAGAUGGCUCAAACGGAAAGAAGAGGUCGAGCAACGCGAUGUUCCUGGCAUCGAUUGUGCACAUCUGGCGAUGGACACCGAGGAAGGUGUCGAAGUUGUCUGGAACGAAGUACAGUUUUCCGAGAGGAAGAAUUUCAAAUCUCAAGAAGAAAAAAUACAACUAGUAUUCGAAAACCUAACACAGUUAGAGCAUCCAAAUAUAGUCAAAUUUCAUCGUUAUUGGACGGAUACGCAUAACGAUAAGCCUAGGGUAAUAUUUAUAACAGAAUAUAUGUCCUCUGGUUCCCUGAAGCAGUUUCUUAAGCGUACCAAGAAAAACGUUAAGAAACUACCACUGCAAGCAUGGAAGCGGUGGUGUACUCAAAUUUUAUCUGCACUUAGUUAUUUGCAUUCCUGUUCGCCGCCAGUAAUUCACGGCAACUUAACCUGUGAUACAAUAUUUAUUCAACAUAAUGGUCUAGUUAAAAUUGGUAGUGUAGCUCCAGAUGCCAUUCAUCAUCAUGUAAAAACAUGUAGGGAAAAUAUGAAAAAUAUGCAUUUUUUAGCACCAGAGUAUGGAUCAGCCGCAACGACGACCGCCAUCGAUAUCUUCUCGUUUGGCAUUUGUGCGCUGGAGAUGGCUGCACUGGAAAUCCAAGGGAACGGAGAUUCGGGUACGCUAGUCACGGAAGAGCAAAUCAAACGCACUGUCGAGAGUCUUGAGGAUGCCCAGCAGAAAGACUUCAUCAUCAAGUGCCUCAGUCAUGACCCUGCCAAAAGGCCUACCGCUAGAGAAUUACUAUUUCACCCGCUGCUGUUCGAGGUGCACCCGCUCAAACUGCUCGCCGCGCACUCUCUGGUGAAUACCUCAUCAAACUACGACGAGAUGCUGCAAAAGCUGAACAAACCGGACAUGGUAUACGCCGAGGUGCGGCAAACCGAGUUCCACCUGGGCGAUGUCACCGGCACGGAAAAGCUGGAAAAGUUUGUAGAGGAUGUAAAGUAUGGCAUUUAUCCGCUGACUGCCUUUUCGGCACAAAAACCACCCGCUUCCCGACCACGAGCAAUAUCGCCCGAGACUGCAGAAUCGGUGAAAUCCGCCACGCCAGAGCCGCUAGAUAUUGAAACUAGGAGAGUUGUGAAUAUGAUAUGUAGUGUUAAGCCGCGAGAGGAAAAUUGUGAAUUAUUUAUGACAAUAUUAUUAAGGAUGGAAGAUAAGAUGAACCGACAGUUAACAUGUCCCAUCUCGCCGGACGAUUCUGCCGUCGCACUAUCGCAUGAACUAGUACAUUUAGGAUUUAUUCAUGAAACGGAUCGUGAAAAACUAGCUACAAUGAUAGAGGAUACGCUUAGGAGUAAACAGCAGCAAUUGCUAGGUGCGGCAGCGAAAAUGCAAUCGUCCGGAGAACGAAUAGUGGCCACCGACGGCAGUAGUGGCAUGUCCGGAUCGGACACGAAGUCCAUCGGUUCGGCAUCCGCCAGCAAUCAUCUCCACCAUCAUGUUCCUGUAAAUUCGGCCAGUCUGGAACGUGGCUGGAAGGUAGCGGAUAUGGAUCCGUUGCUGGUGGCAAUGCCAGUCAUCAUGGAAACGUCCGGAAUCAGUGUAAAUAGUUUAGACGCAGCUCUGUUUGCCAGCUUAGAUGACGCAGAGGAAGCUCGCGAGCAGCACGACGAGGAGCUGGAAGCUCUGGAAGCUGCCAUUGCUUCUUGCGGUGAACCAUUUCCGGAACCAACGCAAGUACCAUUCGAGUUUGACGAUGCUGGACACUCAUCGGCGCAUCGCUUCAUCCCAACGUCCAGAACUUCCAUCGUCCCGGAAGGCGGCGACCUUUGCUGUGGCGAAACGAUCGAAUCAUACGAGGCUACCGAGUAAAAUAUCGGAAAAAUAUGCAACAUCAACAAAAAAUCGUCUUCAACGCACGUUAAGCAUAUUAAUUUCUAUUUUGUACAUUGACAAAAUGGGACAAAAGAAUGAUAUAAUAUGAAUUGCUAUGUAAUUACAUAAAAAAAAAACAAACAACAACACCUAAGUGGAAUAAACACCCAAAUACGUACACACUUAAUCAUGUCAUUGCAGCAAAAGUAAUAGAAACAACCAACGGAAAUUGAACUAUGUCGCUUCAGAUUUCGUUCUAUGUAAACCUGAAUUAUGUGUUUUCUUUGAGGAACUUCGCAAAAAAAAACAAUAGCUACUGCAAACAGAAAACUGUCAAACGUAGGGAAUUUGAAAUAACAAAAGUGAGCAAACACUUUCUUUCUAAACACUAAUCAAUCAUAGUCAAUCGUCUCAGUCGGAUCAGCAAGCAAGCAAGUUUUUCUCUUGUAUAAUUAAUGAAGUCUAAUCAAAGUCAUCAUCAGUAUAAGGAAAAGAAAAUAGCAGCCGGUUUUUAACAAAUAAAACUAACAGAAAAACAACCAACAGACAAAAGUGUUGAAACGAAACGAAAGGGGAAAGGGAAAUCAACGGAAAGACUUUAUUGCUAAAUCAUACAAAAAAAAAAUGCAACAAACCGCUGCAUUACCAGUUCUUUUAAAAAGGAGCAUAUGAAUAACAAAUUUAGAACAAGGGUAAAACAACAGGUCAAUACCUAUCAAGAAGAAGACUUGCGGGAAGCGUGUGUGUUCUGCGUAUGGUGGUGAAUCCAGCGCCAACAAGCGAUGCGAAGCGCGCGUUAUCUGAGUGGGGGAGAGGGGGGAGACUGUAUGCGCGGUGUGAUGGGACGGGAUUUUGCGGUAUGAAGUGAAGAACAGUUGUUUUGAUUGGAAUAGUCAUUAAAUUGUAAAAAAAACAACCAAGGAAAAGUCAUGCUUUGUGAGCAACAUAAAACGCGUGAAUUUACUAAAUGCAAAUAAAGAAAGCAGCAAAAAGGCGAACUUCGUAGUGUGUGUAUAAUUUAAAA